AUGCGUUUCACGAAGUUGAUCGCCGCAGCUCUAUUGAGCGUCACUAGUCUUGCAUAUGCACUUCAAGACUCGAGCAACAACACCGACAUCGAAACCGACAUCGUAAAGCAUAAUAGCGAUACGCUCGCAUACCCUCAAGAUGGAAAGCCGAUCCCAAGUGAUUAUACACGGUUAAAUGUAGCGUGGUUCCAGCGUCACCUAAAUGACUACUAUGUUGCGAUGGAUGAGGCUGAUUCUAUCCCUGCUGGGAGGAAUGCUGUAAAUGAGGGUGUAAAUGGCUGCAUUUCUAUCCACUUUUUCACUACAACCGAGUGUAUAGUAGCUGCCCAUGUUAGCUUUAACUUCUGGAGGGAGGUUACGCUUGAAGGUUGUGCUGAAGCAAAACGUCAAGAAGGACUACGUGGCCGCCGUGUUACUAAGGUUAUAAUUAUGGCACCAGACAGGUCAUCGGCGAUGACAACAUUCAACUACAUUAAGCCAAAUUUCAGAAGAGCCUACGUUAGCCCAGGAAUGUAUGAACCGUCGAUGCAACCUGGUAUCCAUUACAAUUUCGUUGCCUAUGUUGGCACUACCGACGUCGUUCAAACUCAGUCUUAUUAA